AUGGCUCUGCUGUUAGCCAACUUCUGGAACACUUGGCCUGGCGCGCCGAUUAACAGCGCCGGCGGCAACCUUUCGUUGCGCGCGCUGUACGCACGGUAUAUCGAGGAUACGCUGCUCAUCGUUGAGAGUAACGCCGCGACCUUUGCCAGCCAAGCCAGGGCCUGGUACCAGGCUUACUAUACCUCACUCAAGGCUGAUGCGUGGUUCAACUCGGCUUUUGGUAACAGCGGAUGGGCCACCGCCGCCUGUGCCAAAUUUCCGCGGCCAGGAUCCGGCGGGACGGGGUGGUCUGUCUUCGGCGCCACAGGGAACCCGUCUAUGACGGUCAGGGGAGACGGAACACUGGUGAAUCUUACGGCUCCGACACGUAUCUAA